UUGGGGUUACUGGUUUAUACUGGGAUGGUCUGGGAGGGGCUUGGGCAGCACUGGUGGUCCCUGGGCCUUACUGGGAGCACUGGUUUUACUGGUUUUUCCCGGUUCGCGCUGUUUUUUAGCGCAUUUUAAGGGUUUUUACUGGUUUUUACUGGUUUUAUUGGUUUCUACUGGGACAUUCCCGCGCUCCCACCUCGCGCCGCCAGGGGGCGCCAAGCCCCGCCCCUCCGCUCCCACACAGCCCCGCCCCUUUUUCCUAUUGGCCACCACUGACAUCACCCACCUCAAACCGCGCCCAUCGCACCCGACGGAGUGCGCAUGCCCAAAUCACUCAGACCGGAACCGGAAGUUGCUCCGGUGGUCGCCGCACCGGAAGCCGGAAGUGCCCGCGAGACCAAUGGCGCAGCCCACGGAUUUGGCCCCGCCCCUUCUUGAACUAGCCCCGCCCUCCUCUGCGCGCCCCGAGGAAGAGGAGGAGGAGGAGGAAGGAGGGGGAGGGGCCGGGACCCCCCCCGGGAGCGGAGGAGCCGCCUACCGUCCCGGCUCUCAGCACUGUCCCAAAUGUUUGAUCACUUUCCCCGACCCCGCGUUCGCCGCCCGCCACGCCAAGCGCCAGCACCCGCGCGAUUUCGCCGCCGCCCUCCGGGGGUCGCUCUUCGUCUGCUUCGUCUGCGGCCGCGCCUUCGGCUCCUCCCCCGCGCUGCUGCGGCACCAGCGCGGCCACGCCCACCAGGGGGCGGAGCACCGAGAGGCCGCGCCCGCGCCGAGGAAGGCCACGCCCCUUUGGGAGUGCCGGGAGUGUGGGCGGGGCUUCGCCAGGGAGGGGGCGUUGCACCGGCACUACAUCCGGCACGCCAGGGGGGAGCUGUGAGGGGCGGGGCUUGGGGGAAAGGGGCGGGGCUUGGGGAUGGG